AUGACUUUCUGGGUCUACUUGGAAACGCUUGCGCGCGCCGCCUCGGCAGCCGGGCCGGCCCACGGCCCGGAGGUCCAGUUCCGCAUGAAGAAUCUGGAUUCCAUGCAGACACGGCUCUUGGCCGAGAUCUCCGGGCUUCCUGAAGACAAGAGGGCCGAAGGAUUCUCCAAGAUCCUCGACGCCCUGCCGCGGAUCCUUCCACGGCCGGCACUGCAGCAACUCGCGGAUAGGUUGGCCGCUGACGGCGUGGUCUCAGGCAACGGUGCGGCCACCGAGCAGCCAGCGGAAGAGCCCGCUGGGGCGGCGGGUGGUGAGGAGGAGACAACCGCGCACGACAUGAUGGAGGACUUCCUGCAGAAUGUCGAGAGCACGUCUAGUAUCGCUGACUAUGGCAAGCUCUGGGCGCAACUCGGAGUGCCUCGAGAGUCAGAGGUUGAGGUGCUGUCAGCACUAUUGGAGGUGUCAGUGCAGAAGACCACCACCUUCGAUCUCGUCCCUCGGGUGGUUGCAGAGUUGGCCCGGACUCGCAAGGUCCUGGUGACCAGUCUCGAGGCCGCUCUGAAGGACUUGGCGAGAAAACUUGAAGACAUCGUCCAGGCCAACGACCAGGCCUGGCACUUGAUUAGCUAUUUCCUGGUCUACCUCUUCCCGAGGACGAGGAGCUCCGAGUGGGGCUUCCACUUCGGAGGAUGGAACUUUCCUUCCUGGUGGAAGGCCACGGAAGACAUCUUGAAAGAGGCGCACAAAUGGCGCGCCUUUGACAUUCUGGUGCUGUCCCUGUCUGGCUGGUCCUGUGGUCCUCUGGUCCUGUGGUCCUCUGGUCCUUUGGAACUCCGGUCCUCUGGUCCUCUGGUCCCGUGGUUCGCUGGUCCUCUGGUCCUCUGGUCCCGUGGUCCUCUGGUCCUCUGGUCCCGUGGUCCUCUGGUCCUCUGGUCCUUUGGUCCCGCGGUCCUCUGGUCCUCUGGUCCCGUGAUCCUCUGGUCCUGUGGUCUUCUGGUCCUGCGGGCCUCUGGAAACCGCUAUCUCCACGAAACGACCAUUGAGACACUAUAUUUGUAG